UGGUGACACAUUUGUCUCUUGUACUUGUAGUUAAAAGCAGCCGGUGGGGCAGGUUCCGUCAGUGGGAGAAGGUCGGGUGCUGCAAUGACUCCAACGUGGGGCCCCUUGUUCCUCACUCUCUUCUCCGUCACCACCUUCAUGUGCCAAGGAGAUGUGGUUCCUGAAGAGCCAGAGUUCCUUCUGGUUGAUAAAAACCUGUGCCCCAUGGAUGUGGAUUACCCCAGGUGUGGAAUUGAUCUAAUAACAGAGAAGUCCGAGUGUCAGACCAGUGCCGACUGUAAAGAGACAGAACAGUGCUGCUUCUCCGGCUGUAGGAAGCGCUGUCUCCUACCCCUGCAAAAUAAGUCUGGCUCCUGCCCAACAUUCAAUGAGACGCUCUGUGGGAAUUCCGGGGAGCAGCUGUCUGAGUGCCACAGAGAUGAUCAGUGCCCGGGGCCAAUGAGAUGCUGCAGGAGGUGCAGAUGGGAGUGCGUAUAAAUACAGAAUAAAUCAUUGUGGGAUUUGUACUCAAGAUACAGGGAAGCCACAAGUUUCCCCUCGAGGAGAAGUAAAGAAACUCACACCGACCUGCAGGAGGCGCCAGAACCUUCCCUGUAUAAUACUUCUGUCUCUUUAAAUCUGACCCAUUAAAUGGCACUUAAUGUGUCUGGUUAUUGUAA